AGGAAUUUUGGGAUAUAAUAAUUUAAGUUAUAACGACUCACAAAAGAAUGAACGAACAAGCGAUGAACCCUCUCAACCAGAUUGCUGAGCUUUUGAAUAGCACAAACCUACUUUCUCCAACAAAAUCAUCAAAUUUUGGAAAGCAAGAAGGGAUUGGAAAUGCUAUAUACGACUGUUCCCCAUAUGUUCUCCUCUAUCAGCAGAUGCAGCUCGAGCAGAAUUUUUAUGAAGGGAUUGCUAAGCAGUAUUGCUUAUGUGAUAUUGUCUCCUUCCCCCAAGCUGGAGCUCCUCAGAAAUUGAAGACCAACGAAAGCGAUUGCCCAAAGUCAAGAGACUCUAAUCAGCAAUAUGUGACUGAAAUCAUUGAGAGCAAAAAGUUAGAAAUCAAAGAAGCAAUUAAGAACAUGCCCUUGGAAAAGAUUUUAAUCAAAGCUAACCCAAAGAAGAAACAUAGCGGCCCAAGAAGUUCUAAGUUCAGAGGAGUUUCGCUAAAUGGUAAAAAGUGGCAGACCCUAGUUAUGGGUCCGAACAAGAAUGCAUACAGAGGUAGACAUGUCAGAGAGCAAGAUGCUGCUAAAGAUUAUGACAGACACUCAAUCCUUAGACAAGGUCUUUGUGCGAAGACGAACUUCAACUACACCGUCAAAGAGUUACUCCAGAUAGUCUCAAUUGAGAACUAUUUCUAGUCCGAUUGCUGGCCAUUAGCCUAUUGAAUAAUUUAGACAUAACAC